CUGGACAAGGUGUCAAAUCACAACAUGGCGCCGAAGGUUGUUCUUGUGACGGGCUGUUCCACAGGCAUAGGGCUAUAUACAGCUCUCUUGCUAGCUAGCGACAAAGAAAAGCGCUUCAAAGUGUAUGCAACCCUUCGAAAUCUUGCAAAAAAAGGCGAGCUUGAAGAAAAGGGAAAGGAUUUUCUCGGUGACACACUCAUCAUCAAAGCGAUGGAUGUUUGCUCCGAUGAGUCCGUCGACGGAGUGGUGCAAGACUUGUUGUCCACACAUGAGCGGAUCGAUAUUCUCAGUAAGGUUUCUAUAUUCCAGUUAAUUUUUACGUUCUAUUAAUGGUACACAAAAUAAACCCUUCUCCGCAGAGUCAUGGAGAAAUUCUUGAGUCAGAGCAAGUACUGAGGGCAUUAAAAAAUUUUAGUCUUGAAACUGAAAGUAUUAAGAAUGACGAAUGAACUCUAGAUUAUUUCCACGUUUCUGCUUGAGACCAAAAAUACACUGUAUCAUCAGUGUACGUGGAUUAUGUUCUUGGGGUGUGUCCGGAGGGUGACCAAUCCCUCCCUCCCCCAUCCUCAACCACAUCAUUCAGUUCUUAGUUACACGAAUUCGUUUCGUGAAGAGGCUUCACAAAUAAAUUUGUAUUUCAAGUUGCCUGUUAUUUAAUCACCUGCUUGUUCAAGGUUCAAGAUUUUACAAAUCCCUCCUUCGUAAUCUUUUGCCGUAGGGAUGAGUCUCACACAUGAGGAUAGGAAACAUUGAUGUCGCACUAGCUAGCACUCUCUGUCCAAUUAACAGCAUAAUCAUUUCCUUGAGAACUUUGAAACUCUUCAGAAUGCCUUCAAAAAUCUUGGGAAUGACCUUGGAGAUAUUGCGACAUCUUUGCUAUUAAGGAGCUAGUCUUUAAGGGAAAGUAGGCAGCAGCAGUCAUUCAUCCCCCAAAUUCUCCUAUAUUUGCCAUGUUAGACUCAUUUUCCAACCAAAGGUAAUGCCAUGGAUGGCAGUAGUUGGCUAAAAAAGCCAGCUGCCAGCUACUAAUGACAGCCCUGCACAAGCAGGUCCACUGUCACUGAGGUGCAGAUGUAUUUCCUGCAAAAUGUCCCUUUUUACAAGGAGCUGGGAGAGACUGCUGUACUUGCAGGCUACUGCGACUCCUUUGCCCUGCUACAUGUAAAUCCACCCAUAUCUUAAGGUAUAAAUUAUGACCAAAACUAUACAGAGAAUUAUAUCCUCCAAGGUUUUUUAUUAAUUUUAAAACUGCCUCUAAGAGAUUGCCUGUAAUAAGCGGUCCCUCCCCUUAAGAGGUGCCUGUAAUGACACCCCAAACUUGUACUAGAUUACCCUCCCAAUCCCAGAGGAGGGGGGUACUCCCUAUGAUGGCCUACAGUACACGGGUACGGGGAGGCUUCACCUGAAAGGGGUACCUUUUUCAGGCUUCAGGUAUAUGAAAGGGUAUAAAGGGAUUUCACUAGUUGAAGUAUAUAUAAAAGGGUAGGGCAAUCUGUCAUUUGGGUCAGUAAAAGAGCUCAAAGGGGCUAACAGAUGACUUUUGUGGCUUUAAAAAAAUCAAGAAUAUUUUUGUGAUUGAUUCCUAUUUAAGAGAGUGCAUUUACAGCAGCUAAAAGGGGUGCAAAGUUCUAAACAAGGUAUAUAGAAGGGGUACCAUUUGUCAUUAGAAGGUAUACAAAAGGGUACCUUAUCAUGAAAAAUGGUACAUAAAAGGGUAAGGGGUUGGACCCUGGGGCAGACCCUCCUUGUACAAACAUUUGUUGAGUACCCCCUGGGCUCCCAAUUUGACUUGCAUAUCAUUAAUCAAAGGGAGAAUUUGAUUUUAGAUCAGGAGGUACUUAAGGCCUUAUUCACAGUCACAACUUUAAUAAAUUAGUUUCUUAUCCCAUUGUUAGCAGUACAAAGCUGGCGCUGAUUAUUGCAAGAAGCUCAUGCAAGCAGUAUUGAUCUUGUCCUUUCUAGUUAACAAUGCCGGAGUAGGCUUGCUAGGCCCCUUGGAGACUCAAACAAUGGAGGUGUCAAGGAGUGUUUUCGAAACUAAUUUCUUUGGAGUGUUACGGCUCACUAAAGCUGUCCUCCCAUGUAUGAAGUCCAAAAGAGAUGGUCACAUUAUCUGUGUGACCAGUGUGGGAGGAAUCAGUGGAGUGCCGUUUAACGGUGUGUACUGUGCUUCAAAGUUUGCAGUGGAAGGACUUGUUGAGUCACUGGCCCCAAUGCUGAAAACAUUUAAUGUGAAGUAGGUAGAUUCAACCAAGUCUUUAAUUUUUCAGUUACAGGUUAAAAUCAGCUUCUUCUUUCAUUCAAGGUCUCGGCUACUGUAUUAUAUGUUUUGUUUUAUUUCCAGUCUCAUGAUAAUGUAAUUUAUUCAUAAUUGAGCAGCCAAAAAACCUGCCAACAUAUGGAAGCAAGUUGAUUAAAUUUUGUUUGAAUUUAAACCUCCUUUAUAUCUUCACCUUGACACAUGAAAGAGUUGGCUUAUUAGAAAGCCUUUUAAGGGUCGAAGUUAUGAAAAUCAAAAAAGCCAGUUCCGAGUCUGCAAGGAAAGUGCCAUUCCAGACAAAGCAUUAUUAAAUGAUAACUUGCAACUUUUUGCCAGGCAAAAAUUGCAGACCUACAUGCUUAAAUUAAAAAUUACAAUAAGAAUGUGGAUUUCACUAAAAGAAAGUUCCGAAGUUGUGUGUCAGAGCAAGUACAGCAGUACACCAAACUGAAUCAAAGAGGGAUUCUAGGAAGAAUUUCCCCUGUUUCCCAUUUUAUAUAAACUAAAGCAAAAUAACUGAAAUCUCUCUAUCAAAGCAAAAGGCUGCCAGUUUUAAUAGCCCUUUUACAGUUACCAGUCACGUGACUGGCUUAAUGCAGAACUUGAAAAAAACUAAAGAUGGAAAGAGCAUGUGAGAAAGUUACCUGGAAUCCCAAUUUUGAGGUGAUUGGCACAUAAAUAAUACUAAAAUUUUUCGGCAGGAAUGUCUGCAAAACGUUAAGGGUUUUUAUGGAAAGAAAUGCUGGACCACUAAGUUUGCAAUCCAAUGCCUUUUCCUCAGCUAUUGAUACAUGUAUAUGAAAUAUUUUCUUGGUACUUUAAAUCACCAUAAAAUGGUACUGUUGUGAGUUUAAAGCCUGAAAAUUGCUGCAAGAUCUACUAGCUAUUUUGUGGGAUUUUCAGGGUUAUCUCUCAAUUUUGGCACAUGACCCUGAGCUUCAAAGUGGUUAUACCCUGCUCAAGAGUCAGAAAGGCCAAGAAGUAUCUGACUCCCACAUGAAAGAGUUAGGGAUGCUCAUCUGAAUUUUUGAAUGGAGCCCCAACCCUCUUUUGAUCCCUAAAAGAGACUAUUUUAAACUUUGAUUACUUGAAUCAAGUACUAAAUAAAACGAAUUGAAAAUACAAUUUUUAAUAUUUCUUCUCAUGAAACCCUAAAAGAGAUCUUUACAGCUAAAUAAUAUUGGCGUUUGCCCAGAAUACCCCAAGUGAGACCAAAAUCCAAAAUUUACACCCCUAAGUGAGAUAAUGAGCAUCCCCACCCCUUUCAUGUGGAAGUCCUUCCCCCCAACCCCCAAAAAAUCACUUACCCAUAUAUCUUAGAACCAGUUUCAGAGUGGAACUAGGGAGACUCUAUUUAACAAUUAUUCCUGGAGCCAGAAUGGGCUCUGAGUCGAUAGCCCAUGAGGCCGAAGGCUGAAUGGGCUAUUGACUCAGAGGCCAUGAGAGUGAGAGGAAUAAUUUUUUUAGUACAGUCCAACUAGUUGGUCAAAAAUAUUGAGAAUAAAAAAAUUUUUAGCUAGUUAAAGCUAGACUUUAACCCUUUUUUGCUGCCAAAAAUAGCCUAGUAGUAGCUCAACCUAUCACUACCAAUCAGAAUGCAGCAUUGAUAAUAGACCACUAGUUGAAUUUUACUAAUAUUGUUUAUCAAAAUAACCCUAACUAUUGCCAUUUUAUUCAAAUUAAAAGAUGCUCUUUAAUUGAGCCAGGACCAGUUGCAACCUCAUUUGGGGCCAAUCUGCGCAGAGUUGACAAAGAAGCGGACAGCCCUCCCAUAGAUGAUGAAACUAAGCAACUACUGGAGAAUCUGACCAAGAAGAUAAGCACAGCCUUUACCACAGUAGUUCAGACUCCAGAUGAAGUUGCUCAAGUGAUUCAAGAAGCAAUCCUAGCUGAACAGCCACAUUUGAGGUAUCAAACAAACAAGAAUUAUGCAGCUGCAACAGCAGCCAAACUAACCGACCCCACUGGCGAUAAACCUAUAGAGCUUAUGCAUCAGCGCUAUUUCAGUUAAAUCAGAGGUAAUGGGGAAAACGUGUUCGUGGCCACUGUUGAUCAGCAGCGGUCAAAAUACAUCCCUGGGGGGUACUCAACAAAGUUUUAUACAGGGAGGCUCAUCCCCGAGGUCCAACCCCUUACCCUUUUAUAUAACAUUUUUGACAGAAAAAGUGCCUCUUUCGUAGACCUUUUAUUGACAAUUGGUGCCCCUUUCAUAUACUGGAAUGCUGCUUCCCAUUUAAACGCUGUCUGAAAUUAAAUAUGAUUAUUAUUCAUUCAAAAUAUUUCCCCGAUUCGGAUUGGCUAAAAGCACACGCAUAAUUCACAAUAACCAGUUUCUGAUGACCAAAUUUGGAUGAAUUUUGUGUUUAACGAGGAAAUGACGUCAAAAAUGCAGCGUUCGUGUAGGUUAAGGCACCGUUAACCGAGAAGACCCGGGGACGAGGUUGAGUUGUUUUGAUUGUGAACUUGAAAAAUGGCGGACAUUUCACUCGUUUCAAGAGUAAGAACUAGGCGAAAACAUAGCUAAAAACAUGGCAAGAACAGCAAGAAGACAACUCGAAGGGCGACAUCUGCUGUUUGGAGAAUAUUUGCGGAGCUGGACAAACCUAAACGUGCACUAUCGAAGAUGAACUUAACAUCGAUGGAUCGAUGGAGGUUAGCAUGUUUUAGCCAUGUUUUUAAACUAGGAAUUAUUUUGAAUGAAUAAUAAAACAAUUAUUGAAUUCGGCUUUCGUAUCAUAUGAAGAAUUAUGGAGAUCUCGGAUCUCGAUCUCCAUAAUUCUUCAAAAGAUACUCAGCCUCAUUCAUUAAUUGUUAAAUAAAUUACUGAACCAGAAGGUUUUCUUGCAGUGGCGGAUCCAGGGGAGGGGGCUGGGGGCCCGUCCCCCCUCCCUUAUUUUUAGACCAAACUGAGGCCCAAAAGGCCAAAACAAAUUUUUUUGGGAGACCGCCCUCCCCGCCCCCUUUUAUGACCGGGAUGAUGACCGGGGCCCCCGCAUAUCUCAAGGUCUGGAUCCGGCACUGUCUUGUGUUUUUCAAGCCAUAAAAUGCGCCUGUUAUCCCUUUUAAAUACUUUCACAGGCCGUAAUGACUGAUUUCCCUACCCUUUUAUAUGAAACUCCUAC